AUGCUGGGACCUCGGCGAGCAGCGCUGCUGUGCUGCGGAGCGCUGGGCCUCCUCCGCGUGUGCGGCUCGACGCGCCUGAGCCUCGACAACGGUGUGGCCUCCGCGCUGCUCGACGGGGAGUCCGGGCUCCUCGGCCUCGGCGAGGCCGGCGGCGCGCGCCUGGCGCUCGCGGGGGACUCGUGGAGCCUCCGCGCCGACGGCAGGCGGCUCGGCCCGCGCAGCGGCUGCGACCUGGCGGGUACGACCCGGACAGGGGCCGCGUCGGCGUCGAUGGCCUUCGCGUGUGGCGACCACCGCGUCGAGGUGGCGUACUCCGUGCCUCCCGGGGCCGUCUUCGUGGAGAAGCGCAUCGGGGUUUCUUCUGCGCAGAGCAUCCGUCUGGCAGGUGCUGCCCUCUUCGAUGGCCUCGAGGUGGCGCUCGACGAGCCCAGCGCCGGCAGGCCCGACUGGCACCUGCAGGCCAACCCAUUUGGGCGGGGCCCUCCCCAACCCCUGGAGAUUGCGGGGUUCAUCCGCUGGGGCGACGCCGGGCAUGGCGCGUUCGUCUCCGUGGCAAACCCAUGGGGCACGCACGCGGCUUCUGCAGCUUCGGUGCCUUCGGGGCUGCGCGUCGGCGCCUCGUACAACGCAACGUACACCCACGACGUGGCGUUGCAGGGGCGGUGGCUUUGGACGGAGCCCGCGGUGCUCGGGCUGACGGCGCUCACCAGAUUUUACAACGAGGGCCUGAACACGGGGGAGCGCGUCGCGUUCAUGCGCUGCGUGGAGAGCUAUCACCUGGAUGCCGGGUCCCGCUCAGAGCGCACGGUCAAGGUCAACGUCGCCUGGGACGAGAACGACUACCAGAUUGACGUGGGAACGUCCGCAGGCCGCGCAGAGUACAAGCGCAUCAUCGAUCGCAACGCAGAGUUCGGCGUGACGCAUUUGGUUUAUGAGCCCCAGAAUUCCCUUCAUUCGAGUCGUUUCAAUGCUACUGACGGAUGGGGCUGGGAGGAGGCUCUAUGGUUCUCCAUGGGCGAGCGCCUGAGGGAGGGCAAGUGGGACCCACGCUCGGACGAGAUUCCAGAGGAUGUGCUCGAGAUGGUGAGGUAUGCCGGGGAUCGUGGUGUGAAGCUGUUGGCUUACGUCUACCCGUGCUUACGCUUCAAAGCGAUGCAACAGUACUUCACCAAGAUGGGCCUGAAUUCCUUGUCUCUCGCACCACCUCAAGUUCAAGCUUACUUAAUUGACGUGAUGUCAGCUUUUCUGAAUAAAAGUGGUGCUCAUGGUUUCGCAUGGGACCAUGACAUCUUUUCGGGUGACGCGAGCCUCCAUUAUGCGGAGUGGAGGGCGUGGAUGCACAUUCUUGCGACUCUGCGCGAGCGCUUCCCUGAAAUGGUCAUGGACCAUCGCUAUUCAAACCAUAGAUGGGGUCCCUGGUACCAGCUUGCGGGAAGCUAUGCAGAACCCAUUGCCGGGGACGAGAAUCCAGAACACUAUGGCGUCCCCAUCCCUUCCCUGCACACAGACCACGUGGCUGCCGACAACGCGCGAAAGAUCAACUACAUAUACUCGACGCAGCAACUACUACCACAGUCCCGCGUUCCAGGCUUCGUUUUCCACCAGUCGGAGCGCACAGAUGACGACGGCCAUUAUUAUUGUUCCAGCGGCGAGAAGCUCUGUGUGAACAAUAGCAACACUCGUGACUUCGAUUUGCUUGGGUACAGGUAUUCUCUCUUGAGCACCGUGGGCACCGCUGGGCUCAACAAUGUUCUGGCCAUGGUCCCUGCGCGCGACGUAGCGGAGUUCGCGCUCCUCCCUGCAGAGGACGUGGCAUUCGUCCAGAGGUGGCUCAGGUGGACAGACGCCAACAUCGAGAACCUCCGCCGAGCGCAGUGGAUCCCCACGCUCCCAGGACCACGCCCUGGGAGCGUGGACGGAACGCACGCGAUGGCGGGCGACGAGGGCUUCAUCUUCCUCUUCAACCCGAACAUGGCCGAGAUGAGCGCGACGUUGAGCGUAGACGAGGGCGUGGGCCUCAGCAACGCCUCCGCCGGCGCCGAGUGGGACGUCACGGAGCUCUUCCCCCGGGAGGGCGUCCUCGUGGCGACCUGGCGCCACGGCGAGCAGGCCCGCGUCCUGCUGGGCGGCAGCGGCGCCCGCGUCCUGGAGCUGCGGAAGCGCACCGGGCUGGCGCCGCGCACGGCGCGGCUGCCCGACGCGGGGCGGCUGGGAGGCGCCCUCGGCGCCAGCGCUGCAGGCUUCGAGCUCCGCUCCGCCGUGGGGCCAGCCGGGACAGAGGUCUUGGCCCGCGUCCGCUUGGACGCCCCGGGCGGCGUGGCCGUGAACGGCGUCCGCUGUGGCGCGUGGGCGGCCGGGGAGGUCACGGUCGCCGCGCGCUUCGCGGGGGGCUCUGCACAGCGAGCCAUGCCCGUGAGCCCGGACAGGCCACCGGCCGACUUUGUCGGGGGUUGGUUCAACACCACGUUCCGCGUCCCAGCGGCCGUAAAGGCGCAGCUGCGGGCUCGGGACCUCAGAUAUCCGGUGCCGUGGACCAGGAGUGCGCAGGGGUGUGGGCUGCCUCACUGCGUCGACGACAGUCAGGCCACGUGGCUGAUCCCUUCUAGGCUUCUGCUACAGCCGUUCCUGACCCAACCCAGGGACGACAUGGACAUCAAGCUGUUCAUUAACAGCGGUGAGGUGGCAUUGUCCUUGAGCUACAACAGCAGAGGCCUCAGACGGAACCAAUCCUCGAAAUGUUUUCUGGGGUUCUACUACGACGCUUCCGAUCUCGUUGCCGACACGCCAUAUCAAGUUGCGGUGCAUCUUCCACCAGUGGGCAGAGGCAGUUUCCAGGGUUUGUUCUGGGAAAAUGUGGAAACCGAGUGGAGCUCCGAAGUCGUGUCCUGCCGGCUGGUUUCCAGAGAACAUGCUUCCCUCUUGGCGCUGUACGUGUGA